AUGACGCGCGAGAGAUUCGCGUGUUCGCUGUACGCCAAGCGCGGAGGCGACGAUGGGAAGUGGGCGAAUUUGGGACGACGCGCGUGCGAACCGAGCGUCGCGCACGAAGGCGCGAUGUGUCCGCUGUUCAGGGACGACGCGACGCGACGCGUGCGAGUGCAGCGGUCGCUGUUGUGUUCGCCGACGUGGCGCGCGCCGGGGUGGUGCGACGUCAAGGAGACUCCGUUUCACUUGGUUUUGGAGAGAUUGAAGCCGGCGCUGGAGUACCACCGGGACGACGCGAAGAAGGUGAUGAUCGAUAAAGACGCGCUGUGCGCCGAGAAGGGCAAGCCGUUCGCCGACGUGAGAUUCGUGUUGAUGGAUUUGUGUUCGAACGACGAGCGGAGGCUCGAGCUGGAUGCGCUCGCCAAGGCUCGAGGCGGCGCGCCGGGCAACAAACUCGCCGACGUCGUCUUACAGCUCACGCCGGUUGAAUUCUCGCGCGCGUGGCGAUCGACGCGCGCGAGAAUUGGAACGAAGCGUGACGUAACGCCGGCGCACGAGAUGCCGUUCGAGGCUCUGGCUGAUCAAUACGACGACGCGCUCGUCCAAGCCAACGCCGUGGUCGGCGUCGAACAUUACAGGCAACGUAAAGAGCGACUCAAAGCCGCGCGCCAGAGCAAACCGUUCGUAAAAGACGACCACACGUCGCCCUCUCACCGUCUCAUCUCCGUGGACGACGCCGUGGCGCUCGGAGAUUUCACCGCCGUCGCGAGCGUCAAGACCAACCGCGCCGUCGGCGCGCGAAGCCGACGUCAUCAACCACCGCUCACCGCCGCUCGAUAG